AUGGACAGAAUUCCACAAGAGCUUUUCAGGCUGAUAUUGGGACAGUGGAACAUUCAAAGACCAGACUCGGGCAGCUUGUCGUUAAGCGGGUUUAGCCGCCUAAUCGACGGUUCCGACGACCUCGGCUUCCAUAGUUGGCUGCCCCUACGCCUCGUCUCCCGCCACUGGAACGAAACCAUCGCCUCGGAGAAGCAUUUCUGGAGCACCACCAUCGCAUGUGGACCCCAUGCGCUCCUCACCGUCAGUUACCUCGACCAGAGACAUCGCGAUCCUCUCAACGACUUCUUCCUAUCAACGACGUUUCCCGCGUUGACGACACUCGUCCUCGAGUCAGGCUCUUACCGCUGGGAGGAGGCGGAAGACAACUUACCAGUCACAUUCGAGCAGCACAAUACCCCCGCUCUCACGACGAUCUCUGUCGACGCGGGCUGGCAGGUGCCGCGUCCAGCGGUCUUCGCUCACCUAAAGCACGUCUCGCUCGUUGCCAGGGGGCUUGAAAUCUUACCGACGCACGUCCUCCGGCUCCUCUGCGCCGCGCCGCAGCUCGAAGAGUUCUUCCUCACAUGGGCAUCAUACUACCAUGGACUAGAGCUAUAUUCGGCGGACGGCCUGUGGUGCACGGGGGCCGAAAUCACAGAGCCGGUCACCAUGGCCCAUCUCCGCAUCCUCGAGUUCACGGAGAACACCUACGGGCAGUGGAAGACCUCCCGGGUGCUCCAAUUCCUUCGCCUGCCCCAAGCGCAGGUUAUCCGUCUUGACCACACAGGCUGGAACGCCUCGAACAUAUUCGAUGAUCUUUCGGACACGCUCAUAGACUCGAUCCCCGUCCUCCCCUCGCUCGUCGGGCUGCGCAUCUUCACCCAUAUCUGUUCGUACGGCUUCGAAGGCUGGACCGCGGACAGGACGCACCGCUUCAUCUUCAGCUGCGGUAUAAACAUGAAUGAGGACCACGAUAUUGAAAUAAGCCCCUCCUCCUUCCUCCGCGGCCUUAGACAGUACAUUGAAUGCACACGCUGUCCCGACGGUCUCUCCACUCUCGAGCUCGACAUCACCGGCUCGUCUUUCACGCAGCAGGAAGAGUGGGCGGCGCUUCUACUAUGCUUCCCCAAGCUCACGCGGCUGUCGAUCGCCCAGAACACGGCCCAAACCGCGGAGAUAUCCAUCUGGCGGAGUUGUUGGAAGCGCUGCGCGAGCGCGGGGAGCCGCUGGCGGAGCUGGUUUUUGUUGGCUCUCCCCUUUGUUUUCCUAUCCCUCUUUUAG